AUGGAAUAUAAUAUAUGUUCUGAAGAUAAUAAUAUAACUGAAGCUAUUUUAGCUUCUUUAAAAGAUUUAAAUAGUACUUUUUUUGUUAAAUGUUUAUAUUCCAAAGAUGAAGAUGAAUUUAAAUCUAUAUCAGAUGAUGAAUUGGAAUCUGACAAUAAUAUUCCUUCAAAUAAAUUAAAUGAAUUUAAAUUUAUAGAUGUUCCUGAUAGCUAUAUCAAGGAUAAAAUUUAUGAUGACCUGAAAUCGAAA